AGCUCCAUAAUAAUUAAGACUUCAAAGUUCAAAGCCAUUCAAAGAAGAGAACCACUUAGGUAAAUUAAUUGAGAAUAACUCCAGGUCAACUUCCACAUCAGCAAAUCAAUACACGUGGACCAAUGAUGUUUAAAAGUGCACGGAACAGUAAAAGUGCGGAUCCACGCGGUAUUUAUCUCAUAAAUGAAAUAAUUAUUUUUUUAUCCAAAUCCCAAAAUAAACUCUUUUUCUGACAGUAACCACCAAUAGGUUUCGUGUAGUGAGAGACUAAGCGACCGGCUUCAGCGGGUAAAACAAAAUCCCAGAACCGCCCACAGCCGGUUGUGUGGUAAAUAUUUUAUUUUCUUCUCGUUGCGGAAAAAAUAAUAAAUGGGGUUUAAGGCUUUUGUUUCCGGUUUUUUGGUUUCUUCUGAAAGGGUUUAAUGUCUCUUGUUCGUUGGUGUGAGAAGGUGACGAGUUAAAAAAAACGAUAAAAACAAAAACAGAGGAUUGACUGAUCCCCAAAUCUUCAUUCCUAAAAGUCUUCGAAUUUUUUGUUUGCGUGAUCUGUAAUCAACUGGAGCAGAGAUUGUGUGAUCCAGAGUCUAGCUGCCUGAUUUGCUUUGUGUUUGGUAUAUGCAUCAACUGAGAGAUGGUGGUCAAGAGGAUGUUAUACAGUGACUUUGAUUUCUCCAGUUUUCCCAAGGCUCCUCGUUCAAUCAGGAGGAAGGUACCAUCAAGUCAGAGGAGAGAUGAUGUUGACUGUGGGAUGAUGAGAGCAAUUGAUUUGCUCGCUUAUGUUGCUGAGAAGUUGCAGGAAGAAGAAGGCGAGACCUCCUCAAACUCUAUCAAUGCAUUCGAAGAAGGGUAUUAUAAUCAGAAUCGUUUGGCUGGAAAGAUCAAGCAAGAACAUCAAGCAAACCUUGCCUCAUCAAAGUCACCUAGCGAAAACGCUAGCGGCGUGUCUUUGGAGCAGACACAGGUUUCUGAUUGUAAGAGAGGCCGUGGUCUGAACCCUCUUGCAGGGUGCGGAAACAAGAAAGAGGAUUGUGAUUUUCAUGUUGAAUCAGGGGGCGUCACUGUGGAGACAUGUGUUGUUAAUAAUGUAGAUGCCGGCUUGGAAGACGGUGGCUUAAUCAGCUUAAAGGAUCCAAGUCAGUUACAUGUGCAGUGUCCCGAACCAGUCCACCUGGAUGGUGUCCCUAAUGAGUAUAGGAAUCGUUCUAAGUUAGUUUGCAGAGAUGAUGACGAAAGCUAUUGUGAAUACUAUAAAUGUAAAGACAAGUGUAAUAAGUCGUAUAGUCCUUCUCUGACAUGGGCUGGACAUAGAAGAGCAGUCCACAGGUCCAAGUGUUUUGAAGGCACCAAAACAGAUGGUUCUGUAAAGGCUUUGGACCGCAAGAGAAAGUUAUGUUGUCGUUACAGCCCACGGAAGCAUGAGACUCUUCAUAAGAAGAGAAGAUUGUCUGACAAAGGGUUGGUUGUAAAUUCUGAUGGAGGAAUCACUAGUGAAAGUGUUACCAAUUCAACUGAAAAGAGAGAAUCGGAAAAUGGUGUUCUCUCUGACGCAAUAGGUCUUCAUUCAGAGGACUCACGUGUAAAGUUCAGCAUCAAGUCCCUUAGGAUUCCGGAGCUUUUUAUUGAAGUUCCAGAAACAGCAACAGUAGGUUCACUCAAGAGAACUGUGAUGGAGGCUGUCAGUGCUUUACUCGAUGAUGGAAUAAGUAUAGGAGUGACAGUCCAAGGGAGGAAGGUUAGAGAUGACAACAACACUCUGUCACAGACUGGUCUUUCGUGUAGAGAGAAUCUAGGCAACCUUGGCUUCACCUUGGAGCCUGGUCCGGAAAAACUGAGUGUACCUCUUUGCUCUGAAAAUCCUGUCAUGUCUAAGCCAACUGAUUCCACUAAGUUGUCAGAAAGGUCAGCAGCAAAUUGUGUGGAGAAUAAUAGCCAGGAGUUAGUUCCAUAUCAGAUGGACAUAUCAGCUGAUGAACAACAACCUUCAUCAGAUUCAAGAGCGAUGGUUUCAGUUUCAGCCUUGGAACCUGAAGCUCUUGCUAUUGUCCCAUUUAAGGAGAAACCAAAGCGCACGGAGCUUUCACAGCGCAGAAUCAGGAGACCGUUCUCUGUUACAGAGGUAGAAGCUCUAGUAAAUGCAGUUGAGGAACUUGGGACUGGAAGAUGGCGUGAUGUGAAGCUGCGUUCUUUUGAGAAUGAAAGUCAUCGAACCUACGUGGACUUGAAGGAUAAAUGGAAAACCUUGGUUCACACGGCAAGUAUAUCACCGCAGCAACGAAGGGGAGAGCCAGUGCCUCAGGAACUGCUAGACAGAGUCUUGGCAUCGCAUAGGUAUUGGUCACAGCACCCACCGAAACAGAACGGGAAACAUCAAGAUGCUGCAACGAUGGUGACUGAGUCAGGUCCGUCCAUGUAAAGAAGGAGAAGGGUAAUUACAAUGACUUUCACUUGAAGACAAAGGAAGCAACGUGGGCAACUGUACAAAGAGCAUAACAACAGAUGCAUAGCUUUUUAUUUUUCAUUUUUUUUUCCAACUUGAGACUAAUUUUAAUCAUACCUGGCAGAAACAAGACAUCUGUUCAUUUCAGUUUCUAAUUGAUUUGAUUCUGUAAUAUAAUAUUGGUAUUGGUGGUAGGUUCUUGAAGACAUUCUUUUA